AAGUUAAAUCAGAAUUGUCCAAAAAAAAAAAAAAGGUUUAAGUCAGAAAAGUUCAAGGAAAUUUUGUUCUACAGUUCUCACCAAAAUGACUUCGACGACUCCAACGAACAGAUCCUCUGCCGAUGACAUCACCAACACCACUCCCUUCCUCUCAUCAACAACCACCGUGUCACGUUCCGACUCCGCCACGCGUCCAUCAGUGCGUCGUCAGAGCCUUCGUGAAGCGGCUCGGUUCAUGCGCCGAGCCACAAGCCGAAGAACGAUGCGCGAGCCAUCUAUGCUUGUUCGAGAAACCGCCGCCGAGCAGCUGGAGGAACGCCAGAGCGAUUGGGCUUAUUCAAAACCCGUGGUGAUUCUCGAUGUCAUCUGGAAUUUUGCUUUCGUUGCGGUGGCAGUUGGGGUCUUGUUCUUGAGCCGUGAUGAGAACCCCGAGAUGCCGUUGAGGCUUUGGAUAAUUGGGUAUGCUUUUCAGUGUUUGUUGCAUAUGGUUUGUGUUUGUGUGGAGUACAAGCGGCGUAGGAGGCGGCAGAGCAUGGAUUAUAGUCCAUUUAAUGCAGGGGAGGAUGGUGUUUUGAGCUCGGGAUCGGGAGUUGAAUCAGAGCAGUACGUAACGUUUGCCCAACUGGAAGAAGAUAAUGGAAGCAAUGUUGCAAAGCAUCUUGAAUCUGCAAAUACUAUGUUUUCAUUCGUCUGGUGGAUCACUGGAUUCUAUUGGGUUUCUUUAGGUGGCCAAGCAUUGGCACGUGGCUCCCCCCAGCUUUAUUGGCUUUGUAUAAUUUUUCUUGCUUUUGAUGUGUUCUUUGUUGUUUUCUGCGUUGCUUUGGCAUGCAUCAUUGGCAUUGCUGUUUGCUGCUGUCUUCCAUGUAUUAUUGCCAUCCUAUAUGCUGUGGCAGAUCAGGAAGGAGCUUCCAAGGAAGAAAUUGAUCAGUUGUCGAAAUUCAAGUUUCAAAAAAAUGGUGAUAAUGAGAAACCUGCUGGUGAUGUCCAAGGACCUGUUGGGGGAAUUAUGAUUGAAUGCGGUACUGAUUCCCCCAUGGAACAAGUGCUUUCCCAGGAUGAUGCAGAAUGUUGCAUCUGCCUUUCUGCUUACGAGGAUGGAGUUGAGCUAAGGGAACUUCCUUGUCGCCACCAUUUCCACUGUGCCUGUGUAGAUAAGUGGCUAUACAUAAAUGCUACCUGUCCUCUCUGCAAGUACAACAUUUUAAAGAGUAGUUCCCAAGAGGAAGUGUAGAAGAACCAAAAAUAAAACAAUCAUUUACAGUCACGUCUAAGACCUUUGCAUAGGGAUUUUAGCUCGAGAGUAUUAUAAUGCAGAAUAUUUCACGUAGACCGAUCCAGGCUAUUCUAUUAUUGUUGUUGUUGUGGUUGAUGUAGAUGUUGUUGUAGUUUCUUUUAGUGCCUGUGACAGUCAAUGAUGCACUUGUUUUACCUAGGUCCUUCAUGGAGUUGUUGUGUAUAUCGAUGUUUCCCGGGGCAUCCAAGCACUAACCAAGUUGAGAAUGGGUCACGGUUCCAGCUUUUCUUUCUGUUGUUUGUAGUUCUGUAUACUGUCUUCAGAUGAAACUUUCUGUUGUUACGAAAUGUUUUAGUAUGAUGUAUAACAUACUAUUUUGCAUGAGAAUAUUCAGCUUCCAAAAUCCAUGAGAUUUUUUAUUUGUA